CUCUCCUGAUGACCACUAGCCUAACCUUACUGUCGUCUGAUAUAUCUAUGGAUCUUGCCAUCCUCACGACGAGAAACUUUACUAGGGGAAUCGGGUACCUCGAAAUUACUAGUCGGUAUUAAAGACUCGGUCGGUAAUUUAUUGAAAAUAGGGGUCUCCUGCUCUACCGGCGGUGGUCGGAUUCAGAUUUGCCAGUUGCCUAUACGACAAUGCGCGAAAAUUAAGUCACGUGACAAACUGAUGACGGUCAAGUGGUCCAAAGUACUCGUGAAAAUUGUCAGUCAAGGCACACACCGCACCGGCUGUAUACUGAUAAGGCAAAACAUCAGAGAAGCCGAGCCGACACUCGGCUGCACAAUAUAUAAUCAGUUCUCCGGAUACGGGCAAAGCCGCAAAAGCGCUUUUGAUACGCAGUUUCUAGUUUUGUACGUCUAUACCGGUCAUUUACUUACAGACGAGGAAAAGCUCUUUACUCUCGGAAAUCAAUCGAAGCUCCGGAUUUUGAAUGAAUAACAACUCGGGCGAGAUGGAUCAUUUCUACGAUAAGAGUUUUGAUAAGGAGCAUCCGAAAAAUUUGAUACCGGAGCUUUGCAGACAAUUUUAUCAUCUGGGAUGGGUGACUGGAACUGGUGGAGGAAUUUCUAUAAAGCAUGAGGACAAGAUAUACAUUGCUCCAUCUGGAGUACAAAAGGAACGAAUCCUGCCAAAUGAUAUGUUCGUUCAAGACAUCGAAGGAAAAGAUUUGGAACUGCCUCCUCCAGAGAAGAAACUAAAGAAAUCUCAAUGUACGCCUUUAUUCAUGUGCGCUUACACUGCUCGAAAUGCUGGAGCUGUCAUUCACACGCACUCAAAGUUUGCAGUCAUGGUUACACUUAUGUGGCCAGGAACUGAAUUCCGUGUUACACAUCUUGAAAUGAUCAAAGGUAUUCGUAAUCAGAGUACAGGCAAAGCUUACAGAUAUGAUGAAGAAUUGGUUGUACCGAUCAUUGAAAAUACUCCCUUUGAGGAAGAUUUGAAAGAGGAUAUGGCUAACUGUAUUAAGCAAUAUCCAGAGACUUGUGCAAUUCUUGUGCGCAGACAUGGGCUAUACGUGUGGGGUGACACAUGGCAGCAGGCAAAAACAAUGACUGAAUGUUACGAUUAUCUUUUUGAUAUUGCUUUACAAAUGAAGGCUAGUGGACUGGAUCCACUUAUGACUCCAGAAAAUCAUGAACUGAAAUACCAAAGAAAAAGCACUUCGGUUUAAAAAAAUCAAUUAAUGUGGGCAAGUACAAACAAUAAGUGCCAUCACUCGAUCUAUGUGUUUUGUAUAAUUUACACUUUAUGAAAGUCAUUUACAUUUUUUUACAAUUUGUACAAAUGGCGCAGUACAAACAAUUGCUUUAUGUGAAUUCAUUUUUAGUACUAACAUUGUAGCUAUAAAUGAACUGUGAAUAAAAAUAUUAAAUAAA